AUGGCUAGAACUCCAUCGAAGAAAAAGAACAACGGUUCUCGUAAUUCCACUCCUGUUAAGGAUAAUAAGAAGAAGGCUCCUGUUCAAGAAAAAAGUUCUCUGAUUCCAAGAGAAAGAAUUACUAGAGGUAUUGAAGAAUUGACAAAAUUCAUUGCACAAAAGAAGAAUGAUGAUGAUGAUGGAAAUAAGAAUCAAUUGUUAGAUGAUGACGAAGAAUUGAAUAACUUAUUGCAAUUAAUUGUAGUAAACAAUAAAUCAUUCACUGGUACUUCCAAAGAUUUUAAAUUGAAAAUGAUUAAUGUUAAGCAUUCUUUGUAUAAAAUAUGGAAAAAUGAAAGUGUUACCUCUGUAAAAGAUUUUAAAAUUUUAUUGAUUUUAAAAGAUUCAGAUAUUGCCAAGAUUUCAGAAGAUGAUCUAUAUGAUGAAUUAAACGAAUCUGGCAUUUCAAUCGAUCAAAUUAUCUGUGGUAAAGAUUUGAAAACUACUUAUAAAUCAUUCGAAGCUAGAAGAUCUUUCAUCAACGACUUUUCAUUGAUAUUAUCUGAUGAUAGUAUAAUAACUACUUUACCAAAACUAUUGGGUGGUAAAGCUUUUGAAAAAAUAGAAACUACCCCAGUUUCUAUAAGGACUCAAUCCAACAAAACUUUCUCUAAAACAACUUUGAUUAAUAGUAUUAAAAAAGUUUACUUGAAUCAAAUUCCAAUCAAAUUACCAAGAGGUACUACUUUGAACGUCCAUCUAGGUAAAUUGGACUGGUUCGAACCAGUUGAACUUGUGGAUAACAUCGAAGCCAUCUCAGAAGCUUUAAUUAAAAACUACAGCAUUAGAUCUAUCUUCAUUAAAUCAAACAAUUCUCCAGUUUUACCAUUAUACUUUAACCAAGAUGUAUUAGAAGAAUUGACCACAGAAACUGAAAAGAAAGACAAAGAGCAAGUUACCGUUGAAAUUGACGGUGUUCAAGUUAAUUUAUCUACUUUUGAUAGAGCAUUGAUGGAAAUCUCCAAUCCAAAUGAAUACUCAUCUCUUUUCGCAAAGCAAAUUAACGCUGCAAAGAGACAAUUGGAAGAAGAUAAAGAUGAAGCUUCUUCUAAGCCAAUCAAAAAAUCUAAAAAAUGA